AUGCUGAGCUUUGAUUUUUUUUUCUUCUUGCUCCUUCUUUCCUGUUUAUAUUCUAUUCGUGAUACGUUACACCGCUUUGUGGAGGGGAGCCCGUGUCGGGUUGUGGGCCAGAAGACGAUGUUAGGGUCCCUACCGAGUGUCGUUCUUGUUACCGGUGGAGCAGGCCUUGUUGGACGAGCUGUUGAGGUCGUGACGAAGCGAAACGCGUGCGCAGAUGAGCGUUGGGUUUUUCUCUCCCGACAUGACGCCGACCUUCGCUCCAUGGCGGCCACGAGGUGCGUUUUCGAAAGGCACAAGCCGACGCACGUUCUUCAUUUGGCAGCGAGGGUGGGUGGGCUUUUCAAAAAUAUGGCUGCUCCUGUCGAAAUGUGGAUUGACAACGUCUCCAUAAACAAUAACGUGCUGGAGUGCUGUCGCACGUAUGGCGUGCGGAAGGCAGUUUCAUGUUUGUCCACUUGCAUAUUCCCUGAAAGAGCAACAUAUCCAAUAGGAGAAGAAACACUCCAUGAUGGCCCACCGCACUACUCAAAUGAGCAGUACGCGUAUGCCAAGCGUAUGAUUGAUGUAUUGAAUCGUGCCUACAACAAAGAGUACGGCUGCCGCUUCACCUCAGUUAUACCAACGAAUGUUUAUGGCCCCCACGACAACUACAAUCUGCAGGAUUCUCACGUUAUCCCUGGGCUCAUUCAUAAGUUCUAUUUGGCGAAACGAGAAAAUAAACCUAUGGUUAUUAUGGGUACUGGAAGGCCGCUGCGGCAAUUUGUGUAUAGCGAAGACUUGGCCGAGCUUAUUGUCUGGGUGCUGCGUCACUAUGAUGAGGUGGAGCCAAUUAUUCUGUCGGUGGAUGAGUGUGAUGAGUUAUGUAUUGCCGACGUUGCGAAACUCAUUGCCCAGUCAAUAGGGUUUACGGGCAAUAUCGUCUUUGACCCAAGCAAGGCAGACGGUCAGUAUCGCAAGACAGCAGACAAUGCUAAGCUACGCCGCUAUUUGCCAGAUUAUAGGUUCACCCCAGUGGCGGAAGGUAUCCAACGUUCCGUCGAAUGGUUUAUCGCUAACUACGAUGUCGCACGGAAGUGA